UCUCAAAUGAGCUGCAAAAGGAAGGGAUGUGGCCACAAUUUCAUCAUAUGGAAGUAUGGUGACAAUAAAGCCUACUUAUUGUUUUCCUUAUUCUUACGAAGAGUUUCCUUUACAGAAACAAUGGCGAAAAUGAAGAAUCCAGUCAGUUUUAGUCACUUUUUGAUCAUACUAGUUUUAUUCGCUAGUACAAUCCAGGUCAGUGAAUGUACGUAUUUUGUAGAAUGUCCUGUGAAUUAUCAAGGGCUCAGAUUUCUGAGAGAUGAACAGGGGGACCUCAGUCAGUGACGGUAUUAUGAAUACAAACACAUAUCUUCCUGAUUAAUGCCUCUGUUUUCUGCCACUGGUUCUUCCCGUCUUCCGUACAGGUUCACUACUAUAAGUUCAUGCUGGAAGUUCUAGUGGCAUCCAUGGAAGCUGGGUUCUGCACUAGUGCACAUCGGGAUAUUCUUGCUUUCAGCCUUCACAAGCAUGCGUUUUUUUUGCUUAGAACACGAAAAAUGCAAACCGCAGGAAGUGUUCAAAGCCCAGGACAAACGCAAUCAUCCCUUUGUUUCAGGUCGUAUUGAGCACCUAAUACAGAUUAAGGAUACUCCCAGUGCAAGGGGGAGAGAGGAGCUGCUUGGUGAAUAUGCGAUCGACAGCCACAGAGGCCUCAGCGACAAGCACGGCUUAGCGGGGAAGAGGGACCUGCUCACGGAAGACGACUUCAAAUCAGGACCUUUGAGAAUAGCAAAUGAGAAUGAAAUACACACCGUCAUUGACUUCUUAUCCUACCUGAGGCUGAAAGGUACGAUCACCGCACCUUCAUCACUAUUGUCAUCAUAUUUCAGUGCGUGUGGAAAAAUUCCAUAAGUUCAUAUUUUACUACCAAUACUGUGACUUUCCAGAUUUAACAAAUGGCAAUUACACAGUAACCAGUUUGGUUUGCCUUCCAUCACAGAAAGGAUGGCAGCGGAACUGUACAUGUUGUUCUGCAUGCAGAUACGUGCAAAACCACUAGUACUUCUAGCAUGAACUUAGUGAACAUCUAAGAACAGGAAGAAACAGUGGCAGCCUGUGCAAGAUCACAUUGCUGAUAUUUUAACCGCCUUCAUCCGACACAUUUACCAUAACCUAUUUAAUCAUAAGGCUACCUUUCUACUUGUAAAACAGUCACCAACCGGCUUGCUCCUUUUCCUCUUUCAACCAAGCAGUUAAGUUCUCUGUGAUUGUGACUCUUUAUACUCAACUGGUUGGUUCAAACAAAAUCUUGGUCUGGAUUUGUACUCUUUGGACCUGAAAUCUCCACCUCUGUAAAUAACAACCCCUGCAUCCACCCAUCCAUGCUUCAGCUUUCUAGACCUGCUUGUGCUAUGCAAUU